AAAUCUUGCCGUCGUCAUCGUUUCUCGUCUCCUUGGGAAUGGCCCUGAGCCAAGUCUCGUGUCCACUGAAAGUGAUUGCCGUUAGAAAUUUCCUGAUAACGGCUUCUCAAGUUUCUGUUAUGUGGCUGUGGCCUGUGGUUACAAUGCUUACGCUAUUCUUGCUCAUGGAUUUGUACAUUCCUGAGACAAAUGCAACAUAGCCGAUUGAAGACCCAGUGGUUCACUGGCAAGCUUUGUAGACACCUGAGUUUAGAGUGAAAAAGUCUUCCCUGCUGGUAAUAAUGCUUAACUCAUCUAAUUGUCGUUAUAAACUGCUAGUUUCAAUAAGGAAUCAUGACUGUUUCCUAUUUGGUUCAUGGUAGUUCUCCAUUCUCCUUCAAAUAGGGAAAUCAUUGUAGUUGCUUUUUUUUUUUGUUAUUGGCUUUAUGUCGAAAUUCUCUUAAAGCCAAUUCAACAGUUCACUACUAAAAAUAAAACAUUCACUAAUUAUAGCUUUACUUGAGCAGAACCAGAGAUAAUAAGAAAUCUAGCCACACAUAUAAACAACUCAUCCUUCAUGCUCUUUCUUCAACCACAAGCAUCCCAACAAUCUCGGUUCGUUUCUUCUUAUCAUUUUCUUCCUCAUUCUUCUCUCUCUUCUCUCUCCCCCAACGAAGGAGGGAUGGAGAUAACAAAGGAACCAAAUAUACCUCUGUGUCCUGUCUUAGUUUCUUCUUCUUCUUUUUCCAGGCCCUUCAUGGCUCUUCUCUUGACCCUUCUCCUCUUCCUAACCGGCCUAGCUUCAUCGGUUGCCAUCGGUGGUGGCCCAACCGCUGGUUUCAAACCGGCAGAUGACAUUCUCAUUGAUUGUGGAGCCAAGUCGUCAUCCAAAACCCCUGAAGGUCGAGUCUUUAAGAGUGACUCAGAGACGGUUCAGUAUAUAGAAUCCAAAGACGACAUUCAAGUCUCUGCCCCUCCUUCUGAUAAACUCCCUUCUCCCAUUUACCUAACCGCGAGGAUCUUCCGUGAAGAAGCCAUUUACAAGUUCCAUUUGACCCGACCCGGUUGGCAUUGGGUUCGUCUCCAUUUCUUCGCCUUCCCCAACGACAAGUUCGAUCUCCAACAAGCAACUUUCUCUGUUUUAACAGAGAAAUACGUCUUGCUCCAUAGCUUCAAGCUGAGCACACACAACAACAAUGAUAACCAAGCCGUUGUUUUGAAGGAGUACCUCGUCAACAUGACGGAUGCUCAAUUCUCCCUCAGGUUCAAACCCAUGAAAGAAUCCGCCGCUUUCAUCAACGCCAUCGAAGUCGUCUCAGCUCCAGACGAGCUCAUCUCUGAUCAAGCCACUUCCCUUUUCCCUGUCAACGGUUUCUCCGGUCUGUCUGAUUACGCGUACCAACCGGUUUACAGGGUUAAUGUCGGUGGUCCUCUGAUCACGCCUCAGAACGACACACUAGGAAGAACCUGGACAUGUGACAAAUCAUACUUGAAAGAUGAGAAUCUUGCUAAAGACGUCAAAACAAACCCUUCAACGAUCAAGUAUCCUCCUGGAGUUACACCGCUGAUUGCUCCUCAGACGGUUUAUGCAACAGCUGCAGAGAUGGCUGAUUCUCAUACCAUUGAUCCUAACUUCAAUGUCACGUGGAGCUUCCCAUCAAACCCAUCGUUUCACUACCUUAUCCGUCUUCAUUUCUGUGACAUCGUCAGCAAAUCACUCAACGACCUCUACUUCAACGUUUACGUCAACGGCAAGACUGCUAUUUCAGGGCUGGAUUUGUCCACUUUAGCUGGAGAUCUCUCUGCUCCUUACUACAAAGACAUUGUGGUGAACUCGACCCUUAUGAAAUCCGAGCUUCAGGUCCAGAUUGGUCCCUUGGGAGAAGACACUGGCACCAAAAACGCCAUCUUGAAUGGAGUCGAGGUUCUGAAGAUGAGCAACUCUGUGAACAGUCUUGAUGGAGAGUUUGGAGUUGAUGGCAGAACCACUGGCAUGGGGAAGCACGGUAUGGUCGCAACCGCAGGGUUUGUGAUGAUGUUUGGUGCUUUCAUUGGCCUUGGAGCUAUGGUUUACAAGUGGAAGAAGAGGCCACAAGAUUGGCAGAAGAGGAACAGUUUCUCUUCUUGGUUGCUUCCGAUACACGCAGGUGACAGUACCUUCAUGACAAGCAAAGGUGGUUCUCAAAAAUCCAACUUGUACAACUCCACGCUUGGCCUCGGAAGGAAUUUCUCCUUUUCAGAGCUUCAAGAAGUCACAAAGAACUUUGACGCAUCAGAGAUCAUCGGUGUCGGUGGAUUCGGAAACGUUUACAUCGGAACCAUCGACGACGGAACUCAAGUCGCUAUCAAACGAGGGAAUCCACAGUCGGAGCAAGGGAUCACUGAGUUUCAUACAGAGAUUCAAAUGCUGUCUAAGCUCAGACAUAGACACUUGGUCUCCUUGAUUGGAUACUGCGACGAGAACUCAGAGAUGAUCCUCGUCUACGAAUACAUGUCCAAUGGCCCUUUCAGAGACCAUCUCUACGGCAAAAACCUUUCUCCUCUGACAUGGAAACAACGGCUCGAGAUAUGCAUUGGAGCUGCACGUGGGCUUCACUAUUUACACACAGGAACAGCUCAGGGCAUCAUCCAUCGUGACGUCAAAUCGACGAACAUUCUCCUUGAUGAAGCUUUGGUUGCUAAAGUCGCUGACUUUGGUCUCUCCAAAGACGUUGCCUUUGGACAAAACUAUGUAAGUACGGCCGUGAAAGGUAGUUUCGGGUAUUUAGACCCCGAAUACUUCAGAAGACAACAACUUACAGACAAAUCCGAUGUUUACUCCUUCGGUGUCGUUCUUCUAGAAGCUUUGUGUGCAAGACCAGCCAUUAAUCCUCAGCUUCCUAGGGAACAGGUUAACUUGGCUGAAUGGGCUAUGCAGUGGAAACAAAAAGGGUUGCUCGAAAAGAUCAUUGAUCCUCAUCUCGUUGGCACUGUCAAUCCUGAAUCCAUGAAAAAGUUUGCAGAGGCUGCAGAGAAGUGUUUAGCGGAAUACGGUGUUGAUAGACCAACAAUGGGAGAUGUGUUGUGGAACUUAGAAUAUGCUCUUCAGCUUCAAGAAGCCUUUUCUCAGGGAAAAGUUGAGGCCGAGGAGGUUGAAUCCGAUAAGCCCGUGGCUGCUGCUACUACUGCGGUGGCGGCUCCACCUGUCACAGCCACCACCACCGCCGCAGCAGCAAGUGAACGUCCGGUUUCUCAGAGUGAAGGCAAGGAUGACUCGGCCGUGGACGAACACUCUGGAACCGCCAUGUUUACUCAGUUUGCUAAUCUCAACGGAAGAUAAAGUGUCACAAGACUUUGCACCAAACGAAUCUGUCAAACACGGUGUGGUGAUGAGUUAGAAGAAAAGAAGGUUAUCGGAUUUGUUGUAUAAUUUGUCUUUAAUAUUUUUUGUUCUUUCGGUUUGAUGUUUUUAUUUUUUUGUCAGUUUUGCUUUUUGGGUGUUUGAAAUGUAUAUUUAUGGUGGUGUGGAUAAUGCAUGUGUAACUAAAUACUCCUAUGCAUUUAUCUACUCAUCCUCCAAUGUUGUAGGUUGUUGAUACUUAGGUUACACAAUACAGAUUUUCAAGUUGAUGAUAUUAUGUGUAUGUUUUUUUUGGUCGAAUAA